AUGGACAACUUUGAUGAAACUGAGGGACUGAUACUCCUUGAUGAGCUCCUGCUGUCCACCCUGGACCACAUCAGACCCGUGUUAACCCGGGACAGGAAGGACGCGGCCACCCUGGACCACAUCAAGCCAUGCUGGUACUGGGACAAGAAGGACCUGGCCCACACUCCGUCCCAGUCAGAGGGGCUGGACCCCGCCACUGAGGCCCGGUACCGCAGGGAGGGGGCCCGGUUCAUCUUCGAUGUUGGCACGCGGCUCGGGCUGCACUAUGACACACUGGCGACUGGAAUCGUUUACUUCCACCGCUUCUACAUGUUCCACUCCUUCAAGCAGUUUCCCAGAUAUGUGACAGGAGGAUGCUGCCUUUUCCUAGCAGGCAAAGUGGAGGAAACUCCAAAGAAGUGCAAAGACAUCAUCAAGACAGCUCGCAGCCUGCUCAACGACAUCCAGUUUGCACAGUUUGGAGAUGAUCCCAAGGAGGAGGUGAUGGUGUUGGAGCGCAUCCUGCUGCAGACCAUCAAGUUUGACCUGCAGGUGGAGCAUCCCUACCAGUUCCUGCUGCGCUAUGCCAAGCAACUCAAAGGUGACAAGAACAAGGUGCAGAAGCUGGUUCAGAUGGCCUGGACCUUUGUGAAUGACAGCCUUUGCACCAUGGUGGCCCUGCAGUGGGAGCCACAGAUCAUAGCGGUGGCUGUGAUGUAUCUGGCUGGACGUCUCAGUAAGCUGGACAUCCAGGACUGGACCUCCAAGCAGUCGUCCCGGCGCUGGUGGGAGCAAUUUGUUCAUGAUGUGCCUGUGGAGGUGCUGGAAGAUAUCUGUCACCAGAUCCUGGACUUGUAUUCUCAGGCCAAGCAGCAGAUACCUGAUGGAGCGAUGGGGACUGGUGAAGACCCCCCACCACCUUCCAUCCUGUCCCCCACUGCCCCACUGUUGGCCAAGAAGGCCUCCCCUCAGACCAGCCCCAGACCACCUAGACCGGCUCAGCCCUCUCCCAAAGAUGACAGCAAGCCCACUAAGCUCACAAAUCUAGAACCUCCUCCACCUCCUCCUCCACCCCCUCCUCCUCCUCCAGUCUCCAUAAACCAAGACCUUAAACUCCCUUCCUCUUACCCACCAGCCCCAGAUCUGUUGUCUAAACCACCCCCCCCACCUUUACCCCAUUGCCCACCUCCACCGCCUCCUCUACCCAUGGACCUCCCCACCUCCAGCUCCCUGGUGUCCAGCGAGGGUUACCAGAAGCUCCAAUCCUUGAUGAAGACAGAGUGUUACACCACUGUACCCCAGGCCUGUGCUCCACCACUGGGCUACCACCACUACCCCCCAGGUACCACAUCCUACCACACUCCUCCACUCUCAGCCUAUAGCUACUUGCUUGCUCCUCCUCCCUCAGUCCUGGGGAUGGCCCCUAGUUUGAGUAGUGGGUACCCCCCUCCACCAGCUGCUGGACUCAAUCAGCUACCCCCUCCGCUGCCACCUGGGAUGCCUCCAGUCAGCGGUCUGAGUCGAGGUACAUGGAUGAGAUGAUCGAAGACAGCAAACGGUUCAGAAAUGUUCAGAUUUUUAAAUGUUUUAAAUUUGUUCUGACUUGAAAUGCCAAUUUUCAACUUCAUCUGUUGACCCAGCAGUGUUAGCAGAGACACAGAGGAUUGUAAAAUAAAUGUCUUCCAUUAGCUCUCGCAAUAUUUUAAUGUAAGCAGUAUUCUCAUCUGUAUUGUCCUUUGCCUGGUUAAUCUUUGUUAUUGCCUCAUAUCCAUUUUAAUAUUGAUAAGAAGACAGUGUUCCAUACUGUUAUAUUUUUAUUAGCCUAUUUAAAACAACAAAGGGACUGUAAAAGGAGGCUGUUUUUCAUUGAUUUUACAUUGUUCAGCCUUUUUUCUGGAAAAAGCUUUGAAUUUAAGAACAACUAUUUCAGUUCGGUUCACACAGAAAUGUUUCUUUUUUUUUACUUUUAUUUAUAUUGUACAUAAUGCUUUCUUUCAUUUGUAACCCUUUCAGGAGCAUAAUUGGUCUAUAAUGUUGUGAAUACAACGUUUCA